UGGCACGGCGGCUGAUCCGUGCCUAUCCCCAGCAGCUGUGACCAGCCAUCGAAGGCUUCAAGCUGAUGCCACAUUGCAAGAGCUGACUUCCGUCGGAACUGAACUUCUCAAGGCUUUGGCGUGGUGCCAUGCCAUUAUUUUAUUUUUCGUCGUAAUACUCUGGCUUGUCUCUCGCUCUACAUCUCUACUUUCUUUCGGCUCUUGUCAGUCUUGACUCUGGUCGUCCUAAGUCUUGCCGAGUCAAGGAGUCGUGAAGCCUGAACUGCUGAAGAUCUGUCUCAUCGACAUCGAGACUCCCUUUCUCCCUGCGUGACGUAAGUAUCUGAUGAUCAAACUCACCUUUCCGUGGGAUCUGACCGCCUCGUCGAGCUGAGCGGCACAGCCUGCACUGCACUGUACUGCAGAGUCUGAGGUCGACUCAUACCGCACAGAAAUGGCCAUUGCAUUCCGUAGUGCCAGUGGAUGGUCGUAGCUGAGUGUGAUUUUCUGAAUGACUAUGUCACGAUCAUUCAUCAAUCAAUCAUCCGUCGACAUGGCCAAGAUGGUCAAGUCAUUCAUCAGGCCUGUCGUAGGCAUAGUGACCAGGUGACUGUGAUUAUAUUCUUCAAAUAAAGCGCCCGCGUGCAUCUCAACAUCGGCUCAACUGCACGACUUCUCUCCGUUUCAUGUCAAGAGCGCGCUGAUUUCAGAACAAAAAACGACAUCGGGAGCGCGUGUUUGUGUGUUGACUGUUGUGGUGUUCCCCCGCAGUGCAAGCGUAGCUGGGAACUGUUUGGUUUGUUCGUUCCUUCAGCGCCUGGCCGUGCUAUGGAGGAGGAAGAACAAGACGAGGAGCCUGUCUUCACCGUGGAGAGGAUCCUCAGCACUCGAUUGCGUAAGCGUGGGCGACAGUAUCUUGUCAAAUGGGAGGGGUACAGUUCCAAAUACAAUUCCUGGGAGCCGGAGGAGCACAUUCUCGAUGACUUGCUCAUCGAAGAAUACUUCACUGAGCGAGCUGCCCAGCAAAAACGGGUGGCUGCCAUGCAUCGACGCUCGGAUGCUGUUGAUAAUGUGCUGGAGGGUUCAGAGCAAGAAAGUGUGGAGCAGUCGCCUUCAAACGUGAGCAACGUCACAGACGGAAAGGCGCCUGCUGCCCAGGAUGAGGACGGGGAGAGUAACGAGGAGGAGACUGAGGAGGCGCUAGACUGUCUAGGUGAGAGCGCAGAGACUACGUCCAUACAAGAUGCACCACAGGAGGCUGCGAUCACGCAGCUGCAAAGCGAGCAUCCGCACAUAGUCACCUCCAUCGCUCCCCCAGCUUUAGAAGAGUUAUCACUGCCCGGCCUUCCCACACCUCCGUCGCAAGCCGAGCAUUCACUCGGCGAGAUCAUGGACGAAGAAGCAGCGGACGAUGGAGACGUGCCAGAACUGAAAGCCGCUCCGUGGCUCAAGGAGACGUUUCGCCUGCCCAGCCGGCUGGCAGCGUCCGCCGAAAGCCAACUCGUCGCCUCGGGCUAUCUUGAGGACGGUGAUUCUGAGGACGGUGGCGACACAGCCAGGCCUCACAGGACCCAGGGACAGGCGACGUCAGCGAUCGACGCGGGUAGCUGUAAACGCGUCGCGCAGCCCAUUGCCAGUGCGAUGGCGUCCCGGCCGCUCUCCACCAGCCAGCAUCGCAAGUACGGACAGUCGUCGUCGCGCUACUGGGGCGCUCAUCGUGUCCUGCGCAGCUACCAGCCGGCGGAUGCCGGCGGCGGCGAAGGGGACAGUAAAGACCCCGGCGGCGAGAUGACGGGUGAAGAUUGCGGCAUAUCGUCCCGCUGCUCCACACCGCUGUCGCACACCAGCCGUGCGUCGUCGCAAAAAGGCAGUCCCGUGCAGGCGAGAACGGAGCGAACGGUGGCGGGAGUGAGUAGCGCCGCUUCGACUAGCUCUGCGGCGUCGCCCGUCGACCGAAUCCUCGCCAACCAUCCGGAGUUUGGCGGCUGGAAGUGCCAGCGUGCUGCCCCUCGCCCACCCAGUACCACCAGCAACCCAAGUCCCGCUGGGAGCGGUGGCAGUGUCGGCGGCAAGCCCUUGGAACCGUCGCUUCCGGUCGCGGCCGCUUCUCGCGGCAAGUGUAGACGCUCUACGCCGCUCAGUGACGACCAGGCGGAUGAGAAGGUAUCGGCUGCUUCGUCCAGCCUGCCUGUUCGAAAGCGGAGAAGAAAGGACAGUGCCGUUGGAACCGAGGAUGUGUUUCAGAGUCCCUCGCCGGGUGUUGCAGCAGCCUUCAGUGUCAGUGGCCGUUCAUCAGCCAGCAACGUCUCGGCCACGCUUAGGUCUACCCCGCCUAUUGCGUUCAAAUCCGUCGGUGCAGUAAUGAAUGCUGCGAAGACGUUAGCAGGUGAUAGGCACGUUGCCAGGAACUUGUUUACACCGCCAAAUGCAAGCCGUGAGCAAACGGGCCGUGGCUCGUUGCCAGGCGACAGGAGUGCCGGUGCAGCGGUAGCUCCGGAAGCUGAGAACCUUCUCGAUGCCCUGUCCAUCCUGUGCCCAGUGUCCAGAGGUGAGGAGAGAUGCAGAACGCGUGCCAGAGGGAAAGGAAGCAAUUGUGACGAGCCCUCGUUGAUCAUCACCGCUCCCAGCCUGCAAGCCAGCUCGGCGUUGUCCGGCACGCGCAGGCGCAAAGGCAAGGAUCGGACCACCGGUGCUCGUGUCGACACGCCCGUAGACAGCUUUGCUGAGUUAGCCGAGCCUGUCGUGAUCCAGGGCACAUGGAGUCCACAGGCAACAGUGGACUCCGGCCCCAGAGCGGAGGUAUGCGAAAUCGAGUCGCACGUAUCCGACGCGUCCGACAGCCGUUCCUCGACGUCUUCAAGCUCGGUGCGAGUGACAUCUGAGAGUCUGGUGGGGCUCGCCGCUGCCGGUCUGUUGGCCGCAGGUACCAGCACUUCUCCUGGCAGCUCGCCCGGCGUCCCACGCAAGACUCCACCGUCACCGAAUCAGAACACAGACGCGCUAUCCGGCUGCAAGGCACCCACUUCGACGACCAGUCAAAGUUCUUUCACAGCUCUAGAGCAAUCUUCUGCUGUCAGUCUGCGUAAUCUGUCUGCACCUUUAGCAACAGCAGAUGCAUUGGCAACGGUAGCGGCGGGAACUAGACUUACGUCGUCGUCGUCGUCGUCGUCAAAUGCAUCGCAUGCCGUCGAACCGGCCACAACAGCGAAACCUGCAACAAGUGUAGCAUUGCUGAUGACAACAGUUGCUAUGGCAGCACAGCAGUCGGUGGAUACGCCCGUGUCGGCCCGCGAAGAUGCUGCCGACGGGGCGAUGGCGAGAUUGAGACUGCCGCCUUCCCUGCUGGGCGCUUCGGAGCACGUACAGCACGAGUCGAGAACAGCCGCGCAGGCUCAAUCACCAGCAACAACCCUCGCCGAUCCACCUUCACAAACUGCCAACGGAACUGCUGGUGGCGCGCAAUGCCCGACAGCAUCUGCACCACAACCUGCAACAGCAGCAGCAGCAGCAGUAAGACUAGCAGCGAAUGCAUCAUCAGCACCAGCAGCAUCAGAAGCGGGAGCGGCGAGAGCGGCCACAGUACCGCCAUCGUCGUCAUCAGGAGCGCGAGCAGCGGAUGCGGAAGUGGCUGCAGUCCUGGCAGCGUCCAGUGUGCCCGUGUCGUUGACAUCAGCUGGCAGCAAGAAGGCACUGCCCCGCAACGUUUCACCUAGUGUCCUCAAGCUGGUGUCAGUGGCACUGACAGAAGCGGGAGCGGCGAGAGCGGCCACAGUACCGCCAUCGUCGUCACCAGGAGCGCGAGCAGCGGAUGCGGAAGUGGCUGCAGUCCCGGCAGCGUCCAGUGUGCCCGUGUCGUUGACAUCAGCUGGCAGCAAGAAGGCACUGCCUCGCAACGUUUCACCUAGUGUUCUCAAGCUGGUGUCUGUGGCACUGACGACAACCGGGCAGCAAGCGCUUGCCUUUGAGAGCUCUUCCAGCUUGGCAGGCUCACAGUGUACCGCAGCAACCGGCGUGUGUACUUCCGAUGCAGCACGCACAUCUGCGACUGCGAGUACUGGCAGUGAUUGCCGUGCAGCGCUGGAGUGCACGAGUAGCGUAUACUCGUCUGUCUCCACCACCUCUGCCACCACCUCCUCCUCCACCACUACCCACAGUACACCAGCAAGCACUGCACAGUCUGCACGCUCGCCUCCAGCACUACUGCCACUGCUCACGUCCACGGCGAGUAUGUCGCUACGGCAACUGGCCUCCAGGAGCGUGCCGUCAGCAGGCACCGAGAGUCAACUGACAAUGUCUCCGCCGAUGUUAGCAACUUCAUCGCCGGACAUGGGGCUCACGACGACCGCAGCGUCCGCAGACCUGCACCAGCAAACUGGCACGGGAUCUGUUGCCACGACAACCACACGCACCACGGCGACGGCGUCAACCCGCCCUGCACAUGCCGUUUCGGUUAUCGAUUUGACGGACUGUGUGGACGAUGAUGAUGAUGAUGAUGGUGAUGAUGAUGUCGCUACGAAGGAAGGGCCCACCGCAAGCAGAAUGGCGAGCUCAACGUUACCUACGAAGGGUGCUUCUUCAAGCAGACCGCUUGGUGAGGCGUCCGUUCCGCUUGCUGGUUUGUCUUCGUCGCCUCCUCUUCUUCCUGCUGUGAUGAGGACGCGCAGUUGUACACAAACUGCGUCGGGUCACCCGGCAAGGAGUGCGUCGGAGCAGAGCACGGAGGUUGUGUGGUCGUCGCAACACCAGACCCAGCGCGGUGGACCAUCUCAUCCAACGCCUGCACAGUCGCUGCCACAGCCACGCCUGCCGCAUCCUCUACUGCACCCACGCGCCAUGCUGGCUGCCUCCAUUCUGCCGCAAGCGCUGCGCUUUAUAUCUGCGCCGAACCUGCUCCAGCACAGACUGCAGCUAGUGCAGCAGCAACUGCAUCAGCUACAGCAAGUGCAGCAGCCGCAUCCACAUCAACAGAUAUUCCUGCUACACCUUCAGCAACAGCAGCAGAUUUUACAGCAGCAGCUACAGCAGUGGCAGCAGCAGCAACAGCAGCCUCAGCCUCAGCUUCAGCAGCACCAGUCACCCCAGCAGACCCAGUUACUGCAACAGCAGCAGCAACAACAGUUUCAGCAGUUGUCACAGCAGCAGCAGCAGCAGCAGCAGCAGCAGCAGCAGCAGCAACACCAAGCACGUCCCCGUCCCCUUCUCGGCUACGUCCAUCAUCCGCUGGGUUGGACUCAGCCCCGUGGGGUUGCAGUUCUAGGCGGCUUUGCGCAGGCGACUCCUGCACCCAUGGGUACGUAUGUGCCACCCAGACCGACACGCCCUGGGCCCGGCCCUGCACUUUCCCAGCAGCCCCUGCUGCACACACCGCUGAGUCCGCCACCAAAUCAGCGCGAACCCCUGUCCAUACGGCCGCGUGAUGCCAGCAACUCUGAUGAACUCGCGUCGCCUAGCACGCCGGAGAACGGAACGCAUGCGGCUGUCCAUGGCUGGCGGCGACCCCUACCAUUGCUGUUACGUCCAGGUGGCGCAUCGUUUGUGUCCUCGCGAGCACAGUACACAAACAAUGCUCUGACCGGUAGCCCACAAGGCAGCAGCAGUCUUGGUACGGAUGCUCCGACCUCGAGCACUGCCUCUAGUUCCAGUGGUAAUGCUACUAGUACUGGGUGCACUUCCGACACAUCUAGUGCUGCGGUUCACUCCAGACGUUCCUCCACCCUCGAACGUGGAUUUUCCGCUGCUACCGUAACCAAGGUGACAAUAUCCGGUGUCGGCAAGGACAAUUCCACUGCCAGUUCUGUUUCCGGACCGGCAGCUCCCGCUCGUCUGCCAGUGGCCGACGGAGUGGCAAGCUUUGCAGCUUCGUCUUCUCGCGGCAUUACGACCACCGCUGGUGUCGCUGCAGAGUCUGCUACCACUGGCACUGGUGCUUCAGCUUCUGUUGUUUCUGUUAACCAUGGUGAGGCGAAUACCUCGUCAUCACGGCGAAGCCUUAGUAGAGUACGUGCCGGGGCUGACGCUGAGAGCAAGACUGAAGCUGCUCGGGAAGAUGCUGCCGAAGCCGCGGCCGCCACCUCACUGUCGUUGCCCAAGCUGCCGCCUUUAAUGAACGUGUCUGAGUAUCUGCAGGAGCUGCGACGAACCAAGACUGAUCCGGCCAGGAUUGAUCCGGUCAGGAUUGAUCUGACUGCUACAGCAGCGGCAACAGCCAGUGGUGACGGUGGCACCGGUAACCAUGGUGAUGGAGAUGAAGUAGCGCCGACGUGCACACGCGCGUCCACGGCUGCACCCAUUGCGGUAUCGUCGGCGUCGGCAAUCGUAGCGUCAGUAGUCCUGUCCGCGUCGGCUGAUCGUGAUUCCGAAUCUACCGCUGCGGCAUCGACUGCCCAAGCUUCUCAAGCUUGCAUCAGCCUGACAGGCACAACUGUGACUUCUGACAGUGGUGGUGACAUGCCUCCGAUGACCGUCCAGCAAUCAAGUAGUCGAGAUCAACAGCCAGCUGCUCGUGUAUCGAGAGAGAAAGCGCCGGUGAGCAAGCCAGGCUCGGCUGUACCGGAGCGGACUGCCGCCGCUCUCCAGCCCAUGUCCACAAACAGCAACACAUGCUCAGCUACUACCGAGCCCAUAGGUAUUGUUGACUCCGGUCACAGGCCAGUCGUCGCCGAUCAGGUUUUGGCUGAGCUGCUCAGCAUGUUGCCAUUGGCUACUCGUAGAAAGCUGUAUUCAACGGCGCAGCACACUGCAGCACGUUCCCAGCUCGCCGCCCUACUGACGGAUGUGCGGUGCCUCGCCGCUCCGAGCGGUCCGUUUGACGACGCAGACGCGGCCAACCUGCGGCAGCUGGCCACGGUUGCCGAGAAGAAGCUGGGGCGAUGUGCGUCUGCGGACGAGUGGCGUAGAGCGUGUGCCCUGCACGUGACUGACGUAGAGUACAAGAGCAUCGUUAGUAGGUUGUGCGAUGGGAGCGCUUCGUCCGCACCGCAGAGCACCCGUGCGGAGACGACAACGAGUUUUGGAAUGCCGCCACCGACGGCACUCGGUCACUGGUACGCCAAAGCACCCACUCAUCGCAGCGGCAGCAGCAACGCUAACACGCCACAGGGUAAGCUGGACGCGGCGAUAGAACCGCCCGCGGACCAUGGUGUGGCAGACGCGGCGAUGGAACCGCUCACAGACCCGCCCUCAGACCCUGCUGUAGCAGACUCGGCAGUCGGUGAGUCCAUUGCCGAUGGUUGCUUGUGCUCGCACGCCUCGGAGAAGUCCUCGAGUUCGCUGUGUGCUGUGCCCUCACCACCGCCACCACCACCAGCACCCCUGCUGCUUGUCUGUUCGGAGCAGACUGACUGUUGGAACGCCAAUCCUGAGAACCUGGCAGUAUCCGACUGUUCAGAACCAUUGCUUGACUUUGAGGACGAUUCUCUAACUCCGUGCUCGGACGACGAUAAGCAAGUCGGGGGGACGGUUAAGGGCAAGGACCCCAGUUGUCGUUCCUCUCCUUUAAGAGCGACGUCUCCUGCUGUUGGAGCGCAGCAUUGUGCGUCGCAGUCAGACGUGCACCACCCAGCUGAUGGGAAGGCCACGAAUCCGGCAAGUCCGACAAAGGCGCAGCUGCUGCAGCUCAUGAAUACUCAGUACCCUGGGAAAGAGCGGAAGACGAAGAAAGACAAAGACGUCUUGCCAACGAAGACAGCUAUGCCGGUGGAAGAUGGUCCGGAGCGCGUUGCAGACGUCUUGCCAACGAAGACAGCUAUGCCGGCGGAAGAUGGUCCGGAGCACGUUGCAGACGUCUUGCCAACGAAGACAGCUAUGCCGGCGGAAGAUGGUCCGGAGCACGUUGCAGACGUCUUGCCAACGAAGACAGCUAUGCCGGCGGAAGAUGGUCCGGAGCACGUUGCAGACGUCUUGCCAACGAAGACAGCUAUGCCGGCGGAAGAUGGUCCGGAGCACGUUGCAGACCUCUUGCCAACGAAGACAGCUAUGCCAGCGGAAGAUGGUCCGGAGCACGUUGCAGCGACCGAGGAUAGCAAGCAGGAUGAUGUCCCGGAGCACGUUGCAGCGACCGAGGAUAGCAAGCAGGAUGAUGGCCCGGACCACGUUGCAGCGACCGAGGAUAGCAAGCAGGAUGAUGGCCCGGAGCACGUUGCAGCGACCGAGGAUAGCAAGCAGGAUGAUGGCGCGGAUGUUCAUGAAGCCCCGCAUGCUCAAGAAGCUAGUGCUUUGCUGCCAGGCGUAGGGCACGAGUCCUGGGGAAAUGCUGCCGCCGCCGCCGCAGUGGAUGACAAGCCACCGCGGACACCGCACCUCGACGACAAAUCUAGCCGGGGUGGAUCGGCAGUGACGUGGCACACACCCCUGUACUGUCGGAGAACUGGUCCACUGCCGCCCAACGCCGUUGAUAGCGGCGGCGAGGGCCCGGGCGGUGGACCGUUGCCGACCAUGUCUGUGCCCGCACCUGUACCUGUUCCCGUACCUGUGCGAAGGCAGCGUCAGCGACGCUCCUUCUCCCAACGCGGUGAUUGCAGGCCACGCUACAAGCGGCGUCGGAUUGCGCGGGUCAAGUCUUCGGUUGUGGAGCUCAACGGUAUGUGCGUGGUGGUACGCCGUCGCCUAGGUGACGACGGCUUCUUCUGCGAGUGGGAGCCGCAGCGCGUUCCCGAUGGUUUGGAGAGCUGAUCGCGUUCUCCGCGGCAUCGCAUUGCCUCCUCUCUAUCUCUCUCUUUCUCUCUCUCACACACACACACACACACACACACACACACACACACACACACACACACACACACACACACACACAUGGACAUUGUGACCUGAAAUCACCCGAGCCCAUUCCUUUAUCACCCGAAAUCACCAGAGUUCCUUCUCCAACAUGGCAACAGGUCUACGUUAUCAGUGGUCUAGCAAACGGCGGACGUUCCAGCGGUGUGCUCGUAUGUGCACGACAGCGUGCUGCCCAGGCACUGUGCAGCUUCCGCUUAUGCCGCCAGCGGACUGCGUUAACUUAACUAGGCGUUUGCUGGGCUUCGAGCAUAUGAGCAGGACAGGACGGCACUGUGAGAUCCAAGGUGGGUUGCGCCAAGCCUCCACUUCUCGUCGUGUACGGCCAUGCCACCAACCUUUGCUUUACACUCUGCAUUCCUGUGUGCCUAGUCUCUCCCUUUUUUUUACACUCUGCACGCACGUGUGCCUCAUCUCUCCUUUUUUACACUAGGCACGUGUGUCUGUGUCUCAUCUCUCCCUUUUUUUUGUUGUCUUUUCUUCUAGCCGGCCUAGGAUUAGCAGUAGUAUUGGUGGUAGUAGUAGAAGUAGCAGUGUUUUAUAGUGUGAGAAUGUUUAGAGCGUGUAGCACUAGUAGAGCGCGUUUGUUAGUCUUUGCUUGUUUUGGUCGCUCGGGCAGGCUUGAUCUUGAUCCGCUAGUAUUUCCUUUCCGCAUUGGUUUUUAUCGCAUGUCCUUGAAUUAAAAAAAUCAUGAUAUUAUACGCGUAUGCGUUGCUCUUGACACAGCUGUACUGUCUGCAUACAUGGAAUCCUGCACCGGCCCACGGAGGGUGUUGAGUUUUCCCGGCAUUCUAUUGCAGUAUGAUACUAUCGCCAUUGAAAAGUUUACCUUAUAAAACAGAUUGAGUAAUCCGGUUAACGUUCCACGGCUUCUCCUGACGAAUCCCAAAGGUUUUGAACGUUUGUUUUCUUGCGUUUAUAGAACACCUACUAUCAUCACUGUUCAAUUAUAUAAUUAUUUCUUUUUAAGCUCAAACCAAACCCUGGCUUUACGUUCACUCAGGUUUCUUUCAGCGCAAUUUCGUUCGGUCGAAAGCACGUAUUAUAGUUCGCUGUCUGCCGCACCCCAGCAGUGUUAUCGAUGUAUGUGUGCUUCUUUUUAUCCCGUUUUAUCUUUGUUAUUCUCAAUCUAGGAGUCAUCAUGGCUGUUAAUAAUUACCACUCGAGAGAAGACUGUAAACUCAGUCUUGUUAUCAGCAAACUGAAUUACAUUACCAAUACGUUAUACUCAACUUAUAGCAAAGGAAAAGGAGCGAGAACACGGCAAGCUACUUGCAUGGGAGAAAAGGCUAACUCACUUCACAAACUACAAAACAAAUCUCAUCCUUUCACACGCAGUGAAAGAGCUUAAAAAAAAAGUGAAAAGCAAGUGCAUUUUUGUAGGGCCGGCUGCACACGCAGCCUACGCUAGCUGCAGCGCUG